GACUACUAGAGCUAGCAACAUCGCUGAUCGCCCCCAUAGAUAAUAGAUUCCCCAUUUCUCAGAGCUCUAUUCAUAACUUCGACGAUUCUCGUCGAAAGAAAACUAAAGCUAUCAGCGUCUUUGAAGAAACUUCGAUCCUAAUGGCACUGAGAUCUUUGGAUAACGCUCUCCCAGUAAUCCCAGAGAGGCCUAAGAAGCUUGCCAAAAUCGCAACCCUAACCAACAACCCUAAUCAGAAGCAUACUGAUUUCUUGGGUAUGAAUGAUGAAAACAAAGCCCCUCUGCCACCUUCGGGAGAUGCUUCGGUUGAUUAUCUCCCUUCUGAGAAACUUGAAUCUCACGCCGAUCCAGAACUUAAAAUCCAAGGUCUUGUUGGAGGAUUGGAAUCGAAGGACUGGCUGAAGGUUUGUGAAUCGCUGAUUGACGUUAGGCGGUUUGCCCUGUUCCAUUCUACUUUAUUGGGUCCAAUCUUGGAGAAGGUAAUAUUGAUUAUGGUGAAGGCAAUGAAGAACCCAAGAAGUGCUCUUUGCAAGACAUCCAUCAUGGCUUCAUCAGAUAUCUUCAAGGCCUUUGGUGAUAAGUUGUUGAUUGAACCCGAAAUAUCUGAUGCUUUUGAUCAAGUGCUCUUGCAGCUACUGCUGAAAGCAUCUCAAGACAAGAAGUUCGUGUGUGAAGAAGCCGACAGGGCGCUUAAGGUAAUGGUAGGGUCCAUGACUCCCCUUCUUGUCCUUCAAAAGCUCCAAUCCUAUGCGAGGCAUUCCAACCCCAAAGUCAGAGCCAAAGCUGCAAUCUCAAUCUCAGACUGUUUCUCCAAGAUGGAGCUUGAAGGGAUGAAGGAAUUUGGGUUGGUUCCGUUGAUACAAAUUGCAGUAGAUUUGCUGAAUGACAGGCUUCCUGAGGCGAGAGAAGCAGCACGAAGAAUCAUUGUUUGUUUGUAUGAAGCACUGACAGAAAAGGAGGAGCAGAAACAGGAGGUUUGGCAAAGCUUUUGCCAAUCUAACUUGUCUGCAAUUCAUGCACAGUCCGUGGUGAAACUGGUUUCUUCACAGUGAAGUGAAACCAGAAGCAUCCAGUUUUUGUUCAGGGAAAAAGAAGUGUGGUGUUGUUAUAGCUUUAGGGGAAUCAAUGUGUAGUUGAUCUCUACUACCUCUGUGAGAGCCUUUUG